AUGGCCAGUGAACCUAACCUCAAGACGGCUCCGGAUCAGGGAGGUAAUUCGAGUUGCAGGGCAUGUAAGAGAACCGAUUCUGCAGAAACGAUGGUGGCAUGUGAUCGAUGCGACUUUUGGUGGCACUAUUCGUGUGCUGGAGUUACCCCGUCUGUUCAGACAAAGGAAUGGUUGUGUUCAUUGUGCACUCGCCCUCGUGCCAGUUCCCUGUCUGGGCUUUCAGCUACAUCAUCUCGUGCGGCUUUAUACGAACUAAAUCUAAAGCGUAUCGAGGAACAAAAACGACUGGAGAUGAAGCGUCUGGACAUCGAAGAAAAACAUCUGAAUGAAAAGUAUCGUCUUCUAGAGUACACAUUACAGGAAGAAAAUCGUAGUGUUCACAGUCAAAAAAGUAUUGGCCAUUCAAAGGUUGCAGAGUGGAUGGCAAAUUUGCCGAUUUCGACGAAUGAAUCAAACGCAGCAAAAAAUAAAACGGUUAUCGAAGAGGAAGGCGCAGUGGGACGUGUUGAUAUACAUGAGCGACAGUCCCAGCAAGACGAUCCAUCGAAACAGCCGUAUCCUGAUAAUAAAAAAGUGCGAAACGAAAAUCAUUCGUUGAUAAACUUACCACAUCCCGGAGGUAAAAAAAAUCCCAGUACGAGUAAUGUCAUAAACGAAUUUCAGCUGAUCAAGGCACUCUCACAGCAGCUGCACGAGUUUCAGACGGAACCGUCAGGUGAUGAUGAAGAGAAGAUGAGAAGGUUGAUAGAACGGAAUAGAAACUGUCAGCUACAAGCAAAUUCUAAAGGACAGCCACACGAGCAGUCAACUGCUAGAGUUUCGACUGGCGCUGUUCCUAAAAAUGCGCCCACUAAAUACACAGUCGACGAUCGCCCCGGUAGGACAAACAGACAACCGCUUGCUCGUGCAUCUCACCCCGCCACUCCUAAUAACAGGAUAGGAGGCGAUAUAUUUUCUGAUUCAAACGAAACUGACGGGACAGAAGUAGAUGAGGAAAGGUCAGAUGCCAGUGAAACUGGCAUGAUGAGUACGCUAUCGAAGCAAAGGUUUCCGUUGGAUAAAAUGCGACAGAGUAAGGCCUCCGGUCAAGCACUGGUUCCCCCGCAGUUGUACUCUCCUGAAGCUGAACAGCGACUGACACAUCAGCGAUUGGCAGCCAGGCAGGUUCUACCACGCAGCUUACCGGUGUUUUCCGGCAAUCCGGCGGAUUGGCCGGUUUUCAUUAGCAACUACAAUUACACCACCGAGGCUUGUGGCUAUAGCGAAGUUGAAAACAUGAUUCGUUUGCAACAGUGUCUCAAAGGACCUGCAUGGGAAUCAGUACGAAGCAGACUAAUACUGCCAGCGUCCGUGCCACAUGUCGUCGAGGCACUUCGAAUGCGAUACGGGAGAUCGGAGAUGUUAAUUGAAUCAUUAAUAAUAAAAGUAAAAAAUGCUCCUUCUCCUAGGUCUGAUAAGUUAGAAACUAUCAUAGAAUUUGGUAUGCUCGUUCAGACGUUGCAUGACCAUAUCGUUGCUUCCAACUUAUUGGACCACAUUGCCAAUCCGACUUUGCUGAAAGAUUUAGUAAUAAAAUUACCUGCCGAAUACAAAAUGCGGUGGGCCGCGUACCGAAGAAACUUUGUUACGGCUAACAUAGAAACGUUUAGCCAAUUUAUGGAUGAGAUCGUUAACGAUGCUUAUAGUGUAUCCUGUCCGACGAGUUUUGAUAAAUCUGAGAAGCGGAAUUUGACACAUGCAGAAACCGGGGGGAGCGCAAUCAAUUGGAAAGUUCAACCGGUAAUUCAAUCAACAGCGGGAAGCAUCGAGUGUGCUGUUUGUAAAAAGGAAGGCCACCGCGCUCGAGAUUGUCGGUUCUUUCAGUCCCUGUCCAUUGAUGAACGCUGGAGAAAAGUCCAAAGUAGUGGACUGUGUAGGACAUGCUUGUACGGACAUGGACGAAGAUCAUGCCGUAGCACCAAACGGUGCGAAAUUGAUGGGUGUAAAUCACGCCAUCAUCCUCUGCUUCACUCUACAUACAAAUCUGGAGCCGCAUUCAAGGCACAACCGCAGGCUGAGCAUUAUACUCACCGGUCUGAAAUUCCGUCAUUAUUUUUUCGUAUAGUUCCAGUAACUGUUUACAACGGAGAGCAUUCGAUAGACACCUACGCGUUUGUAGACGAAGGUUCGUCGUUGACCAUGAUAGAAGAAAGUUUAGCGGAUAAGUUGGGAGUUGAGGGAUAUGACCAUCCCUUAUGUUUAAAGUGGACUGGUAACAUGCAAAGAAAUGAAAAGGACUCUCGCCGAGUGAGGUUGCAAAUCUCUGGUAGGGGAAACUACAAAAAAUAUUUGAUGACGGAAGUCUGUACAGUUAAAUCUUUAGAUUUGCCUAUGCAAAGCCUGCCCUUUGAUAGUAUGGUUGAUAAAUAUGCUUACUUGAAGGGGCUUCCAAUCCGAAGCUAUCGCAACGCGAUUCCACAGUUGUUAAUCGGACUAGAUAACCUUAACGUGGCACUUCCCUUGAAAAUGCGUGAAGGAGUUGGAGGCGAACCGGUGGCGGUGAAAACAAGAUUGGGUUGGUGCAUUUAUGGAAGCACCAGCAAAGAGAAUACAUCGUCAUACAAUUAUCAUGUUUGUGAAUGCGGCAACGAUCGUUCACUAGAUGAAGCUAUGAAGAUUUAUUUCAAGUUAGAAGAUGCUGGCGGAAGGCCAUCGGCGAGUAUGGCAUCGGCAGAAGAUAGGCGAGCAUACCACAUUCUUGAGAGCACAACGGUUCUUACCAAGGAUCGAUAUGAGUCGGGAUUACUUUGGAAAUGCGAUGUUGUUGAGUUUCCAGACAGCUUUCCAAUGGCCUUACAGAGGCUAAAGUGCUUAGAGAGACGAAUGGCGCGUAAUCCUCCAUUGAGCGUGAAUGUCCGUAAUCAGAUCAAAGAAUAUGAAGACAAAGGUUAUGCACAUCGUACGACACCAGAAGAGUUAAAAAAUGCUGAUCCUCGUCGAACCUGGUUUCUGCCAUUAGGAGUGGUAAUUAAUGCAAAGAAGCCAGGUAAAGUGAGACUGAUUUGGGAUGCGUCCGCGAAAGUAGACGGUGUAUCACUAAAUUCGUGGCUACUCAAAGGUCCCGACGAGAAUACAUUGCUUCCGGCUGUGCUGUUCCUCUUUCGGCAGUAUCCAGUGGCGGUGAGUAGUGAUAUAAAGGAGAUGUACCAUCAAAUUGGUAUACGAGAGCAGGAUCGUAGUGCGCAGCGAUUCUUGUGGCGGGAUGAUCCCACUAAGCAGCCAGAAAUUUACACUAUGGACGUGGCAACGUUCGGCUCGGCCUGUUCACCGGCAACAGCGCUCUACGUUAAAAAUGUUAACGCUAAACGAUUCAUUGAAAAGUUUCCGAGAGCGGUUGAAGGAAUCGUCCACCGACACUACGUGGAUGAUUACCUUGAUAGUUUUCAAACUGCUGAGGAGGCAUAUCAAACGGCUUUGGAAAUCAAGGCGAUCCAUCAACACGGUGGCUUCUACAUACGCAAUUGGUGUUCGAACGAGCCGUCGGUUUUGGAACAGCUUGGAGAAAAGAGAGACAAUGCAAUCAAGCACUUGCAUCCGGAAAAGAAUAGCCAGUCGGAACGAGUAUUAGGAAUAUUGUGGGCAACCGACACUGACGAGUUCAAGUUCCCAACUACAAUGCGGAGCGACAUUAUGAUGAUGAUCGAAAACAACACGAAGCCCACCAAACGACAAAUUUUACGCUGCGUGAUGACUCUAUUUGAUCCACUAGGCUUAUUAGCACCAUACAUUGUGUUAGGAAAAAUGUUAGUUCAAGAAACCUGGUGCGCGCGGAUCGGCUGGGACGAAUGCGUGACCGAUGAUAUUUUCGAACAUUGGAAAACAUGGGUUGCAACGUUAAAGCAUAUCGACACGGUUCGAAUUCCCAGGUGCUAUUUUAGAAACACUAACUAUUUCGAAAAAGUUCAACUUCAUACAUUCACAGAUGCUAGCCAAUUAGCGUACUGCAGCGUAUCGUAUUUGCGAGUCGUGAAUUUAGAAGGAAAUGUCGAAGUGGCGUUGGUCAUGGCCAAAUCCAGGGUUGCGCCUUUAAAACCAGUCACGAUACCGAGAUUAGAACUUCAGGCGUGCACACAAGGAGCACGUCUAAAUCAGUUUGUGAAGGAUGGGCAUUCCCUAAAGAUAUCCAAACAUUUCCUUUGGACUGACUCGAGCACCGCACUGAGUUGGAUAAAUUCAGACCCUCGACGAUUCCGACCGUAUGUGUCUUUCCGAGUUGCAGAAAUUUUGGAGUUGACUGAUAGAAAUGAAUGGCGCUGGAUCCCUUCUAAACAAAAUCCCGCCGAUGAAGCGACAAAGUGGGGAUCUGGUCCUUACUUCAAGGCUAACAGCAUUUGGUACUCUGGCCCAGAAUUCCUGUACAAACAUGAAGCAGAAUGGCCACAACAAAGGCAACCCAUUCCAAUUGAGGAGGAGCUUAGAGCGUGCUACGCUCAUAGAGGAUUGAUCGGACGGGUGUCAGUAAUAGACUUUCAACGUUUUUCUAAAUACAAUCGUUUGCUCAGGGCAAUGGCAUAUGUGCACCGGUUCAUAAAUUAUACUCGAAGACAGAAGCCAUCAGAGAGCCAACGAUCGAUACACCUGUCCUCAGCAGAAUUACGCCAAGCCGAGCAAUCUUUAUUUGCAAUGUCCCAGUGGCAAUCAUACCCAGACGAAGUUGCAACGUUGAAACACAACAUGACUCUUCCAGCAACUCAACGGAAGCCGAUCGAAAAGUCCAGCAGCAUAUAUACGCUGACUCCAAUGAUGGAUAAGAAUGGUGUCCUGAGAGUUGAUGGUCGAACUGGAGCGGCUCGACGAGCACCAUCUACCGUUAAGUAUCCUAUCAUUCUUUCCUACCACAACCGGUUAACAGCUCUGAUCGUAGAUGAACAACACAAAAAAUUACACCACGGUAACAACGAGACGGUAGUGAACGAACUACGUCAACGUUACUACAUUCCGAAGCUUCGGACCUUAGUUAAGAAGAGAAGUACGAGUUGUCAACUUUGUCGAAUACGCAAAGCGAAACCAAAAGUUCCGCUGAUGUCGCCCCUGCCAGAAGCUAGAUUGUCUUCAUUCGCCCGACCCUUUAGCUACGUUGGGCUUGAUUAUUUCGGCCCCAUCACUGUCAAGCUUGGACGCAGCCAUGUAAAACGCUGGAUUGCGUUAUUUACGUGCUUAACUAUUCGUGCGGUACACGUCGAAGUAGCAAGCAACUUAAGCACGGAAUCGUGUAUUUUGGCUGUUCGCAGAUUCGUUUGUCGCAGAGGGUUCCCGGUCGUAAUUUACAGCGACAACGGAACUAGUUUUCAAGGCGCAGAAAGAUUACUGCGAGAACAAAUUGAACAGGGCCUGGAAGCAACGUUCACCAGUACGACAACAAAUUGGAAAUUCAAUCCUCCCUCAGCCCCCCAUAUGGGGGGAUCCUGGGAACGAUUGGUUCGUUCCGUCAAAACAGCACUUGGCGCUACGUGUGAUAAUGACAAUAUUUCUGAUGAAGACCUUUUAACCAUAGUCAUCGAGGCAGAAUCCAUAGUAAACAGCCGUCCGCUGACGUAUUUACCCAUAGAUUCGGCAGAACAAGAAUCCCUUACGCCAAAUCACUUUCUGCUCGGUAGCUCAUCAGGAAUACGCCAGCCGAUAGCAGCUGCAGCGAAUGAAUGUUCUCUAUUGAAACGAUCGUGGGGUCGAAUCCAAAAGCUUUUGGACCGAUUUUGGAAACGGUGGGUCCUAGAAUACUUACCAACUCUAACUAAACGGACGAAGUGGUUCGAGGAAAGUAGAGCCAUACAACCGGGCGAACUAGUUUUUAUCAUCGACGAUACGACACGUAAUAAAUGGACGCGAGGACGCAUUCUGAAAGUGAUCACCGCUGCAGAUGGAAGAGCAAGGCAAGCGGAGAUUAUGACUACCAAAGGUAUUUUGCGUCGGCCUGUGGCAAAGUUGGCUAUUUUGGAUGUGUCUUAUGAAACCGGGAAUGCUCGCCAGUUCCAUCGGGGGGAGAAUGUUACCAAGGAAGCAAAGGAACUGGCAACUUUGCUCGCCGUUAAUAAACGGCUAAUGCCGUGA